AUGUAUAAUGUUUCAGUUGUAUCAGUAUUUACUCUUUCAGGUUUAGAUUACCUAAUGGGACACAAACUAACUCUCUUUUCUUUUACUUUAAUAUGGUAUGCUUUGAUUCUCUGUGUCAAUUUAUCUGUCAUUGUUGUCAUCAUUAUGGAUAAGCACCUUCACGAGCCAAUGUAUAUCUUCUUGUGUAAUCUGUGCAUUAAUGGGCUUUACGGAACAGCAGGAUUUUACCCCAAAUUCAUCGCAGAUCUUGUAACAACUCAUGUCAUCUCGUAUACAAAUUGCAUGCUACAGGGUUAUGUAAUCCAUUCUUCAAACUGUGGAGAUUUGUCCAUCCUUGCUCUGAUGGCCUAUGACAGAUAUGUGGCAAUUUGUAAACCUUUGGUGUAUCAUUCAGUGAUGACAACUAAGAAGGUCUGGAUAUUUGUAUGCAUGGCCUGGUUUGUGCCACUUUAUCUUAUGUUGAUGAAUUCAGUCUCACUGGUCGGGGUUGCAUUGUGUGGCUCACAUAUAAACCGGCUCUACUGUGUUAACUGGAUGAUUGUUCAACUUACCUGCUCUCCUCCAAGGGCAAACCAAAUGAUUGGAUAUAUUAAUAUUGCUUUUUAUUUUUCCCAUGCUGUGUUUAUCGUUUGGUCUUACAUAUAUUUAAUCAAGAAAUGCCUUAUAUCUAAAGAUAAGAAUGGGAAGUUUAUGCAAACAUGUAUGCCACACAUAGUAUCAAUUAUUAAUUUCAUUUUUGGAAUGUUGACGGAUAUACUGUAUAUGAGGUAUGGAUCGGGUGACUUGCCUCAAAGUCUCCUGAACUUUAUAUCGAUAGAAUUUCUACUGAUUCCACCACUCAUAAAUCCCCUAAUAUACGGAUUUAAACUGACCAAAAUUAGAAAUCGAAUUGAACAAUUGGUUUGUCGGGAAAGACUCUGGGGCGCAACGCCCAUAGUUACACACUUAACAAACACAAUGUCGCGGAAAACAAAGAACCUCCAAUAAUUCAUAAACACACCCGGAGACCCAUCUGAAAGUGCCCAUUAAAUAGUAAUUAGGGGUCAUUGGCUGUCUGUUACCAGCUCUAAGUGGGUAUGCCAGCCCUGGGUUCAGGUUACACAGAAGGAUAUCGGCACGUUGGGCUCUGAAGUGAGAUGGGCCUCGGGAGGAAACCCAAUACCUUCUCCGAGGGGGAGAUGAACUUGUGGACACAAGUUCAGGAGGACCACAGGCUUCUGUGUGUUGUUGAGAAAGAGCUUACUGUAUCCCUCAAUUAGUAUGAAUAUUGUUAGCAGCACUCAAUCCUAAAGGAGGCUUCACCUUGCCUGUAAAAGGCCAGCUCAGCAAAAUCUUCUCCCUGCAUCGUAAUUAUUGUACAUAACCAUAACUGCACCAUCAGCCUAGAUGUUGUUUAUUCUUUGACCCUUUUUGUUUAGGAGUUCACUCCUAAGUAGCAGAAAUUGUUAGUGCUAAAAUAUAUGCUACGUCCUCCACAAAUUACAAAGAGAUUUAGGUUGUUUAUUUAUUGUUGUUACAGUGUUGUCUUGGCAUGUGCUUCAGGUUGACCCUUCAUGCUAUAAUGGAUGAAUUAACCGGACCAUUUCCCCUUUGGCCUGACUGUCACAACACAGACAUGUCUAGCUGCCCAGAACAUUGACAGGCACGUUUAUUAUACCAUUAAUAACUGGCCUCUUCAACCUUAUAUUUAUAUGGAAAACAUGAUACAAAGGGUUGAAGAUGAGCGAAGACCGAUUGAAUCGAAUAGCCUAAUUUAGUUAUUGUUCACAAAUCGGGCAAUCAACCGAGAGAGAUGCGCGGCUUUCAAUGACCAAACAUUAUUAUGGGGGUGUUGAUUCUAUCCACAUAGUGUUUCUGAGAUGGAUCAAAAUAACAACUUUUUCGUUGCUUAUGGGAUCCACUAGGGAUUGGACCUGUGUUCCUCUCACUCAACUAAUUGAGGGUUACACGAGGAGUAGCUGGUGUCCUCGGUGACCUCGACUUUGACUUGACCGUAAUGUGCUACUGAGUCCUACUUUCGUCUGGCGAGAGAGACGGAUGACCUGACGAUCGCAUACACGGUUGGGAUGGGAUUCGGCCAGGAGGCCUCUGAGCAUGGGGUGAUUUGCGGAUGCAGCCGGAGGUCACAGAGUGCAGUUGCGCCACCUGUUUCCAAUCACAAUUUUUAGCACUGUAAUUACAGCCUAUGUGAGCAGGCCCUGCAGAGAGUGAGUGAACAAAAAUGGCAGGUGUGACUCAAGGAAGCGUACUCGAAGCUUGACAAGCCUUGAAGCCUCUAUAAAUUAAUCCAAGACUGCUCUUGAAACUUGUGUGUGCACUGCCCGUGCACGUGCGCACCUCAUUUUCACAAGGCGAUAAACAAGGUCAAGGGGUCAAAUGCUCAAUGAGCCGAGACGACACGGACACAGACACAGAGAGAGAGACAGACUCGCACACACACCCUGUGGUGAAGGCUGUGAACUUUAGCACUUGAAUAGGUCGGACUUUAAAAACAUCUCUGUGAGCUAUAUCAUGGAUCACAUUUUUCUUGUAAGGAAGAAGUCUCGUGUGAGAAGGACUGUGUUCGGAUGAGCAGAUGAGAUCAGUGAUGGUUCUCUGAGAAGCAGUUUGUCUAGUCAAACCGACCAUCUGGGCUACAAUUCUAAAAUCCACCAUGAACAAAUCCCUUUUCUGCAGGAAACCUUCAUGCUUAGUAGAAAUGCUUUAUUAAAAAUCAAACCUUUUAUAUCCCAAAUUAAAAGGCAUCCUUCAAACACUGAAUUUUUUUAAGCCAUUAUGUGACUUGGUUCUGUAGCCCACUUCCAUUAAACAUUUGCAUCUAUGUUAAUCAAUAUAAACCACACAUGGUAUUUUUCCUCUGAUUAUCAGAGCAUACAAUAGCAUUGCACCACCAGAAUGAUGAACAAAUCUUGGACAGAGCUGAGCCUUAGGAACAUUUGGGCGGAGGAAGGAUGAGAGGCAAUAUCUGGCGCCGAAGAGCAACGGAAAUGGCACGAAUCCGGUCAAAAUAUUUAGCAUUUUUAUGCUCCUGGCCAAAGUACAAAUGCCUGCUAUUUAACUUGGCAGCCCUCGUGUGUGUGUGUGUGUGUGUGUGUGUGUGUGUGUGUGUGUGUGUGUGUGUGUGUGUGUGUGUGUGUGUGUGUGUGUGUGUGUGUGUGUGUGUGUGUGUGUGUGUGUGUGUGUGUGUGGCAUUGUGGAGGUGCCAUCAUUUACCCAGCUGCAUGUCAGAAUCACGGAGACAGCAACCCACAUUAAAUCCCUGUAGGGACAUGGGUGUGUGUAUCAGCGUGUCAAGCCGGGAGUCCAUAGUCCAAUAACGUACAGUAGCAGACAGCGGCGAAGCGGCGAUCAGAAAGUGUGGUUUCAUGCUAUCGGUCAUAAAGUUAUAGUUUGGAGUCAGUUUGGCACGUUGAUCAGCGGAUUAUAAUGGCAGCAGGGAGUCCAGAUGGCAGCUCCGCCACCUAUCCUUCUACAUUGAAUUGUCGGUUAGAAACGCCAACGUACAAACACAUUGCCAUGGUCGAACUGCAUUAGCGCUUUGAUGAUGACAACGACUUUUUGGGGUUGUUAUUGUUUGUUUGUCACAAAAACGAAAAAAAUCACAACCUCCCCUCCGACGAAGACUCCUGCUUAUCACGCAGGCCAGAAAAAAGAAACGGCUAUUUUCAAAUCCUUAUGUAAUCUAUGGGGGUUGGGCUGUGAUACAUGAUGGCAGGGAAACAGGAGACGUCCAACAGGUCUGAAGAGCCAACCCUGCGGAGCACGCCCCCCACGUUCCCUCUGCCGGCUCUCCAGAGCAGCCGGUGCUCUCUGGGGGGGGGUGUAGGAGGGGGGGGGGGGUGGGGAUCAGCCGCCACCAGGU